UGUUGCUUCCGGGUUUGCUUUAUUUCCUCGACGGUCAGGUAGAUUCUUUGUUGAUUUGAGUUAUUGGAUAUUUAUUUCAAAAUGAACCGUAUUUUCGGUCGAGGAAAACCUAAGGGACCACCACCAAAUCUCACAGACUGCAUAGGGAGUGUUGACUCACGAGCGGAGUCUAUUGACAAGAAGAUUGCCAGACUAGAUGUUGAACUGGUCAAGUACAAGGAUCAGAUGAAGAAGAUGAGAGAUGGCCCUUCAAAAAACAUGGUCAAGCAGAAGGCGAUGAGGGUACUGAAGCAGAAAAGAAUGUACGAGGGCCAGAGAGACAACCUCACACAGCAGUCCUUCAACAUGGAACAGGCCAACUACACAAUCCAAACUCUCAAAGACACAAAAACAACAGUUGAUGCCAUGAAAAUUGGAGCCAAAGAGAUGAAGGCGGCAUACAAGAACGUGAAGAUCGAUCAGAUUGAGGAUCUCCAAGACCAGCUGGAGGACAUGAUGGAGGACGCCAACGAGGUGCAGGAGGCGAUGAGCAGAAGCUACGGGACGCCAGAGAUCGAUGACGAUGACCUGGAAGCAGAGCUGGAUGCCCUGGGAGAUGAGCUCCUGCUUGAUGAUGACAGCUCCUACCUGGAUGAGGCCAACACUGCCCCCUCCAUCCCAGAGGGAAUACCCAGCGACAGAGCACCAAACCGGGAUGGAGUUCUGGUGGAUGAAUUUGGCCUGCCACAGAUCCCUGCUACAUAAUGGAUGGACAGCAUGCAGAAACCAAUGGCAACACUCCAAACCAAUUUUUUUUUAAUGUAUCAUACCCUUUUUAAAACAUAUACACUGAGUAUACCAAAUAUUAGGCACACCUUCCUAAUAUUGAGUUGCGCAUCACCUCCACAUACCCAACAACCCCCUCCA